UAUUAGGUUAAGUGGUCUAUUUUAUGUCUUCCGCCAUGCAAAGCUUCAAGUCACAUAUGAUGUGCCGCAAUAAUUGAGACGUACGAUAUAGAUCCCAAGCUCAGAAAGAGCUAUGCACGAGCAAUUUUCAUCCGCCCUGAUAUAAGUUUAUGUGGGUGACUUGCGCGGAAUCUCAAUUAACUCCGACAUAUUUGUGAUGAUUAAAGUUGGCGAGUCUUCUCACCGCAAACUUCAGGCUUAUCUAUCAAUCAAGAUUAGCCGCGCACUGCUGUGUGACAUGCUGGAGGGACGAAGUCCGUUCGCGUGGUGUAAUCAGCAGUGUAUCAUCGUGGUUACGAUAGAGUGGGGCAUAUAUCACAGCACACUGCAGGGGCUUUAAUUCAAUUAAUGUGCAACAGUUAUCCGAAUGCACAGAUGCGAAAAAUUACUAUCCUCGGCAGUCUCCCGUGAUGCAAGAUCAAGAUGACCUCUGAAGACAAGGCCCCGGAGACCUCGACGGAGGAUGGCAACCACAAAGCCGAGAACGGAGGCAGGGAGCAUCUGGAGAUGAGAGGGGCUGGUGAGGACGUAGAUGAAGAUGGGGAAGGGUCGGACAGAGAAUCAAGCAGAGGACAUCGGUUCAUGCCGAUUGAUAGGCUUAACAUCUUCAGCGACGCAGUGUUUGCUACUAUUACUACGUUUAUGGUUGUCCCUUUGAAGGAGGAAGUACAAUCUUAUGACGUAACUGAGGAUCUAUGGACCAGCUUGGUCGCCGAUUGGUAUCGAUUCCUGGUCUUCGUUAUAUCGUUCCUUAUAGUAUCGACUCUUUGGCAAGACCACGUGUGGAUCUUACAAAAAGUCGAGCACGUUGGAGACGUCGGACUGAUUCUGAACGUGCUUUUGCUGCUUGUCGCUUCCGUUAUUCCAUUCUUGGCUGCUCUGAUGGGUGACUUCUACCGCUACCCGCUGACGUCACGACUUUUUGGUGGAUGUAUUCUAACUCUCUCCGUGGUACAAGGUAUAAUGAUCGCUCUGGCGUUCCGUCGAAGCAAGAUGUUGUCGGAUCAUCUAGAAGGAGACAAAACAAAGAAGUGGAUGAGUGUGGAGUUUCUCUCGACAGCUGGACUGAAGAUUGUUCUGUCGGCCUUGUCCAUCGGAAUUGCGGGCGCCAGCGUUCCUGCGUCACUUGUGCUUCUGGCUGUGGCCAUGUUCACUGAUUGGAUCUGCAUAAUAGUAAUCGCCGUUUACAGAAGCAGGAAAGAUCAGUCAUUUAGCACUGGGAUACGAACACAUCUAUGUCGUCGCUUUGUUUUCGAAGAUGUAGACAUAGACCGAACACAAACUUUUACCGACGGUGUCUUCAUCAUUGUGGCUACUUUGAUCAUCCUUGACAUCACAGCCGAUUCUCUGGUGCCAUUGAAUGGAAAAAUGACGGAGGAAGCAUUGUAUGAAGCUCUGCUAGACAAGAAGGAGGCUCUAUUGGCGUAUAUAUCCACCUUUGUAACUAUCGGUAUGAUCUGGUACAUCAAUUACUCCAUGGUCUACUAUAUACAGAGGCUCAGUCGUCUGUUGUUGCUGUUCAACCGAUUGACUCUGUUGUUCGUCAGCAUAGUUCCGCUUGGCUUCCAGUUAGUGUCAUUGUUUUCAGUGGAGGAAGCAGGCACGAAUGAGAACAUCGCCGUCCAGUUUCACUGUAUCCUCAUCCUCUUCACAUCUGUCUUCCAGUUGCUGUUCUGGGUGGCAGCCCACUGGAAAAGAGACAAGCAUAUCGCAUCAAGUCUGGGCGGGUUGCACAGGAAACGUAUAUUCUGUCUUCUGCUUGUGUAUCCCAUCGCAAGUUUGGUCAUAUUCUGUGCUGCAUUUUCGACUUCCGUUUUCAAAGUAAACACCAUCCAUGCUGUGGAGUUAUCGAUUCCUUUUAUUUUCUUAUUGAUCAAGCUGAUUAUCGAAUUGGUGCUGCACAAACGGGACAGCCAAAGCGUCACCCGCGGCAACUGUGUUCCCGUGGAAAUUGCCUCUCCGCAGGUUGACAACACAGACACGAUGCUGUGGCAUGCUGGCGAAUCAGAAGAACAGAAACGUUAAGGGCGCCGCCAUUGACUGUGCUGUAGUCUCCGUUCGUCUUAAUAGAGGGCGCUAUAUUGCCUAAGCUGAGUGACAAUUGGUUUCGUGCAAAGGUUAUCAGGUUCCAGGUUUCGUAAAAUGAAUUGACUGCAUAAAACCAUAGAGAAAUGCAGUUUUUGUAUCUAAACUAUAAUGACAAAAAAUAUCUAUUUUAGGCCAAGUACCGUUUGCCCUUCCAGGAAUGCAGUGAUGUGUGUGAUAUCUUAUAUUUCAGUUAUUUUUGGAUGCAAAAAAUUAUUGUACAUAUUAUAAGAUGUUUGUAAGUAAUAAGCAGUCGUAUUUUUGGACUAUACAACAAUGAUGUAAAAGAACAAUGCCAGGUUUUAAGCAGUGUAUUUUGUCCUUUUUUUACACUGCAGAUAUAACUUUAAAAAUCGUUUCAUUUCAAAGUGAUGUUUAUUAGCUUCUUGUAUUUACAGAAAUCCGUCAACCACAAAUGUUAAGAAUAAACCUUUCGUAUAUUACAUGGAAGAUACUGUAAAAUGUACAGAAGGAAAUUUAGGCAAAAAAGGUGACUUUUUGUUGUUUCCAUUAUUGAACAUGGAGAACAAUCGAAGACUGAAGGGGUACGCAGUGAGCGGAAGUAAUCAUUCACAGGCUUUUUAUAAGAUUCCAUUGAAGUUUUGUAAUUAUUUUUUUUAUGAUUUCCAAGUUUAUCAUAAAAGAGCUGAUUCUUGUUUUGCGUACAAGAGGGAAUUUGAUCUGUUUGCCAUUCACCUUCAAACCCACCGCAACCUCCUCGGAGUAAAUUGAAGUUAAUCGGCGCCACAUUUUGGAAAGUUCAGUUAAUACUCCAAGAGUCAAAAUAAAAUCGGAUUAUUCAUGCAUGA